AAUCAGCGCGUGGGGCGCGCAGCGUGGGGGCUGCUGGCGCACGAGGCCGGCGUCCCGCUCGGUGCCGUUGAGGGUUCCCGCCACUGCUGCUGGCGGGUUUGCGGAACAAAAUUUCUCGCUGGCUGGCCUUCUUUUCCCUCCCGCACUUUGGUGGGGAGGGGGUGGACCCUCGCGUCCCCGCACAAGUUCACGAUGACCCAAGAGACCCCGAGGACUUGGUGGCGGCGGCCAUGUCCCCCGGCGCGUCGACGUGCUGGCCCCGUAGGAGAAGGAGUUCUGAGGCGGCGACCGCGACGCAGACAUCAAAUCAGACGCAAACAGAUUCAUUAUCUCCAUCCCCUAAUCCCGUGUCACCUGUGCCUCUGAGUAACCCAACAAGUGCCCCAAGAUAUGGAACAGUGAUCCCUAACCGAAUCUUUGUAGGAGGAAUUGACUUUAAGACAAAUGAAAAUGAUUUAAGAAAAUUUUUUUCCCAGUAUGGGUCUGUAAAAGAGGUGAAGAUUGUAAAUGACAGAGCUGGAGUAUCCAAAGGGUAUGGUUUCGUCACUUUUGAAACACAAGAAGAUGCUCAAAAAAUUUUACAAGAGGCUGAAAAACUUAACUAUAAGGAUAAGAAAUUGAACAUUGGCCCUGCAAUAAGAAAACAACAAGUAGGGAUCCCACGCUCCAGUAUAAUGCCAGCAGCUGGAACUAUGUAUCUAACAACUUCAACUGGAUAUCCUUACACUUAUCAUAAUGGUGUUGCUUAUUUCCAUACUCCGGAGGUAACUUCUGUCCCACCACCUUGGCCUUCACGUUCUAUAUCUAGUUCCCCUGUGAUGGUAGCUCAGCCAGUUUAUCAGCAACCUGCAUAUCACUACCAGACCCCUACUCAGUGUCUCCCAGGACAGUGGCAGUGGAGCGUUCCUCAGUCUCCUACCUCUUCUGCUCCAUUCUUAUAUCUGCAACCUUCUGAGGUUAUUUAUCAACCUGUGGAAAUUACACCGGAUGGUGGAUGUGUCCCUCCACCAUUGUCUCUGAUGGAAUCUUCAGUUCCAGAGCCAUAUUCUGAUCAUGGAGUUCAAGCAACCUAUCACCAGGUUUAUGCUCCAGGUGCCAUUGCUAUGCCUACGCCAAUGAUGCAACCUGAACCAAUUAAAACAGUGUGGAGCAUUCAUUAUUAAGACAAUUGGGCAGCUCUAGUCCAGCUCAACUGAUUUCUUGUCCAGUGAUACUUGUGUGACCAAGAUCCAGCUUCAACAAACGGGCUAGAAGCUGCCCAUUGUGAAAUUUAGGGUUAGUUAAUAACUUGCCUUACUUAUUUAUUUCACUAUAAGCUGUCUAAAUUUGAUGAAAUUUGCUUUUUCAGCUGUUCUACAGAAUUUUUUAGGUAGAUGUGGCAUGUUGGCUUUUUAUGUGUUAAUCCAACUGUAGUAACAUUUUCUACAUGUUUUAUCCAUUCCAUAAAUAAUAACCAUAUUGGGAAUA